UUCUCAGUUUGACACUGGAGACUCUGUACUUAAUCUUCCUUUACCAGAGCGUUGGGUGAUUUCAAAACAUCAUUUGCUUAUUGAAUCUGUUAGUGCAAGCUAUAACAAAUUUUUCUUUGGAGAAGUGGGAAGAGAAACAUAUGAUUUCUUUUGGGCUGAUUUUGCUGGUGGUACAUUGAGGCUAGUAAAGGGCGGCUUUACAACUCUGGAAAUGAUGGAAACUCUAUUGCUUUUAUGGCACAAGCUAUUUUAUUGUAUACUUUUGAGAACAUACUUAAAGUGCUACAUCCUUUCAUGCCAUUUGUAACAGAGGAACUAUGGCAGCUACCAACAGGAAAUUUAAGUUGGCUUCUAGGCUUUUGGGAUUGGAUUCCAAGCUCGAGAAAAGUUUACUCAUUCCAUUCAGAGAGAUCAAGGUUGAAUGUACCAUUCCAAAAGACGACAGAACGUUGCAGUCUUACAUUGGGUUUCGAGUUCAACAUAAUAAUGAUAGAGGCCCUGUGAAAGGAGGGAUCAAAUACCAUCCUGAGGUUGAUCCAGAUGAGGUGAAUGCUUUAGCACAACUAAUGACAUGGAAAACAGUUGUAGCUAAUAUACCUUAUGGUGGCGCGAAAGGAGGGAUAGGGUGUAACCCUUCAGAGCUAAGUCUAUCUGAGUUAGAAAGACUUACAGGAACGCGUCCUCUUCCUGACAUACAUAAUACUCCAAAAGGAGUUAAAGCUCGAAUUUGGGUAGCACUGACUACCUUUUUCUUGAUGGUAUUUUCUCUUUUCCGUCAAUUUUCUUGCCGCAUGACCAACAAACUUCCUGGAAUAUCAUCUAAUGAAGAUCAGAAAAAGUCAUAACCAACUCUCGAGACAAAAAAUGUGGAAGUUCUUUCUCCAUCAACUAAAGAAAAUACAGAGGAAAUUCUCCUUCCCUCGUUGCUAAAAAGGUUAGGUGAUUUGUGCAUUGUUGGAAAUUGGAAAGUCAAUAAUGGCCAUCGAGGAGUCACGUUCGGCUGGAGAGAACUAGUUUUCUUA